ACCGGAAGCUGCAGCCGUUAAACACAAAAACAUGACCGCGUCGUGAUCCGGAAGUUGAUUUUCUUCUUCUGUGCCAGCUCGCAGCAGCCCGAGAGGAGCCGCAACAACGACGCCAGCGAAGGAGAGCAGCAGGCCGUCAGUCUGACAGACGUCGAUGGGGAAGAAAAGUCGCCUCACCGGAGGAGCAGUUGGUCGCAGAACGAUUCUACAGCUCUCACCCCCCGGGCUACGAAGUGGGGCUGCCGGGGAGCGGGAAGAAGCGCCCUCGGGAUCUGAUGACGAGCCGGAGGGUGAAGGCUUUAGGUUCCUGAAGGAAAGAAACACAAACAUGAAGACUCCUGCAGUGAAAGCCACAGAGGGGUUAUCGUUGCUUGGAGCUUAUGAGGACAGUGAUGAUGAAGAUGGAGACUCUCAUGGUUCAGCUGUAAAGCCUCAACUCAAUCAGUCAAAUGACAUCGACAGUACAUUGGCCAACUUCAUGGCUGAAAUUGAUGCCAUCACCACUCAGCCAGGUUCAGAUGAUGCAGCAUCUUGUCCUUCAGCACCAACCACUGAGCCUCCCAGACCCGAGGCUCAUCAGCCAGCUGCCGGUGAAGGAUCGAAUCAAAGCACAGAGUUUGAGUACAAUACUCAGUACUCACUCGCUGGAGUGGGUGUAGAGAUGGGUGACUGGCAGGAGGUUUGGGAUGAAAACUCCGGCUGUUACUACUACUGGAACACUCUGUCCAACGAGGUGUCCUGGGAGCUGCCACACUAUCUGGCUGAUCAGGUGCAAAGCAUGGGGCAGUACUCCAACAGCGCUACUGUCAAUGGCAAUGGGACAGCACAUGCAGGUUAUCCCACUGAGGCACAUGCUGCAUCUGCUGCAGCCCCAACAUUGGUGAAAGAGACCAAAGUGAAGGAGGUAAUUGAGAGUGUUGUAGGCCUCACAAGCGAAGAGGAGGAGCGCUGCGGAGUGGCUGCAUCUCUGCUGGGUCCUCUGAUCCCCUCUGAAGUGAAAGAAGCGGAAGAAAAAUGGAGAAAAAGACUGCUUAAAUGUGUGGAUGAGGCUGAGAACAGUCUGGAUUCUGAUGGGGAAGGUUUUCGCCCUGCAAGAUCCCCCUCUACCCCUCUGCGAGACAACGACCUUGUCCCCGCUGUUCAGAAAGAUCUUGGCACCAAGAAGGAGUCAGGAGAAAACUCAGAUGCUGAGGAGGGGACAGAGGAGGACACAAUGGAGCUGGAACUGGCUUUGGAGAGGAAAAAGGCUGAGCUACGAGCGCUGGAGGAAGGCGACGGAAGUGCAGGGGGCUCCAGUCCUUGCUCUGAGACGAGCCAAGAAGCCGCUGGUGCUCGCGGAGUUCUACUGAAGAAAAACCGGUGGAAGACUGCCUUUCCCUCUCUUCCCAGCCCCGACUCUAACAGCCGAGGCUCAGAUGUGCAGGACAACACAGAGACAGCACCUACUAAAGUCACUGAGAGUGUUGCCGAAGGAGAAGACAAGGAAGCAGACGGUCAUGAGGAGAAAUCAGUUACAAAAUCCAUCGUUAAAGAAGAGGUGGAAACUGCUGAGCUCAAAGUGGAAACGCCUGAGCUCAAGUUUCAGAUUGGACAACUGGCAAACACCUUAACCAGCAAGAUGGAGUUCCUGGGGAUACACAAAAAGGCGAUCUCAAACUUUCAGUUGCUUCUCCUACAAACUGAGACUCGGAUUGCUGACUGGAGGGAGGGCGCUCUGAAUGGGGUCUAUCUUCGCCGCAGGCUGCAGGAAGCUGCCGAACACAUAAAAUAUUACGAACUUAACGCCACACCUAAAGGCUGGUCCUGCCACUGGGACAGAGAGCACAGGCGGUAUUUCUAUGUGAACGACCGGACCAAUGCCUCCCAGUGGGAUUUCCCAACAGAGGAGGACAAUUCCGAGGACCUGAAGGGCAGCCAGACACAGACUUCUAGCCAAGGGGAUACCAAAACAUCAUCUGUAUGUGCUGUUGGGGCCACAGGAUCUUCUAUUUUUCCCUCUGCUGCUGCUCCACCAGCACCUCCUCAGCCCAGUGCAGCAACCUUCUGGUCUCCGUCUCAACCUCCUCUUCCUGACAGCCCACCUCCACCUUCCAACUACCCCCCGCCUCCGCCUCUCCCGCCAGGCUCUCCACCUCCACCCCCUCCACCUCCAGACAGUGAUGGAGAGAUCAUGGAGGUGGAGAUGGAGAUGGAUGAUGAUAACGACGGGGAGCCUCCCGCUCCUGGAACAGAAGAAGAUGCUGGCGUGAGGCCUCCUUUACCUCCAGGCACUGCUAGCAUGAAGAUUGUGGAGUCGUCGAGCACCUUGGGGAAGAGUCAGAAACGUAAAGCCGGUCAGCUGAAUAAAGCCAUUACGAUUGGCAGCAGUCCCAUCCUCUACACACAGCCUGCUGCUGCCACCGCCGCCCCUUUAAUCUCAGCAACAGCCUACUGGGGCAUGCCGGCUGUCGCUGCUCCUCUCGUCCCAUGUGAACCUCCUCCUCCACCUGUCCCAGCCCUACCUCCUCAACCACCACUGCCACCAUCCCAGCCGCCCUAUGAGCCACCUACAGCUAAAGCUCUGCCCAUAGACAAGACCAAAAAAGGGAAAAAGGAUAAGUCAAAAAAGAGUAAGAUCAAAAUGCCAUCGCUGGUGAAGAAGUGGCAGAGCAUCCAGAAGGAGUUGGAUGAGGAAGAGAAAAGCAGCUCCAGUGACGAGGACCGAGAUCAGCUUAACAAGAAGAGUAUCGAGGACUGGAAGCAACAGCAGUUCUUGACAGGGAAAGCUUCAAAGAAUGCCAACUUCGAGGCACUUCCUGACGACUGGCGGAACCGGAUAAAGAAACGGAAGUUAGCAAAUAACACGUAACAUCCGGCUUGUGUCAUACAUACACCCACCAUUUCAUUUUUUCAAAAUCCACUCCAACCAUUACCAUUAAGAUCAUCCUCCACCAGCUUAAGUUUUUUUUUAAUGAUCUGUGGACAUUAAGAGGCCCUUACAUGGCAGGCCAUCCACCAGAGGGGUUUGAAUGUCAUUUUCUUUUUUUUUUUUUGUAGCCACAAUUGUAAAUGUGCCAAAUGUCUUGAGUUCAUCAGAAAUACACCACCACCAUUAUGUAUAGACCCCCACCUAGAUGACCACCACAGUUUGUUUGGAGGGAUUGUCUAUUUUAUUGAACAUUUUUACAACUGUGUACAUAAAAAUGAAUAACGGUAUAAGUCAAGUUUGGUUUUUUUGGAAGGGGAGGGAACAUAACUGAAGUUGUACAUUUUGUAAAAAGUUAUUAAACUGUUUUUCCAAAGUCA